AUGUUAAUAAUGAAUGAGUGGAGUUUAAUCAAUGAAUCUCUUGUAGGAAGGUCAUUGUCUAUUCUAAGCACUUCCCAAAGAGCACAUAAAAUGCUCUCUAUUACUACAUCUCAUUGUAGUUCCUAUUUACGAAUUUAUAUUCGAAACAUUUCCGUAAACGCAUCCUUUAUUAGGUACAUACCUUAUGAAUACCUACUCAUUUGUGUACCUACCGCUCAACCCUCGAUCAAUAAAUACCUACUACGUAUCUAUAUUUAUCUAGCUACCCACUUAUUACACAGCUAUGUAGGUACCUACGUAAUAAGUAAACAAUCUGUAAUCAUGGGAAAUGAACUGACCACCCUACCAGUACCUAAUACUCUUUUAUUUAGAAUUUAG